GGUCAAUAGAAAAAAAAAAGAAGGAUUCAAUGCCGUCAUCAAUGUUUAUGGAACGUUGGAUAAAGUCAAACGUAAAGAUAGAUUUGGUUUCUAGCGAAAGACGUGAAAAAAUCACAAUUCGAAAGCAAGCCAUUUUCCCUCGCUCGCAAAAGAGAGAUUCAAAUAUUGGCGCCGUAAGAGUAAGCGGUGUGGCGCUGUUGUUUAAUUUCAAUGGCAGAGGAGUGGGGGCUUAAGUGGCGCCGCCGGCUCGUCUCCCCGCACACGCGCUUCAGUGUCAUAGUGAUCGUUUCGGGGUGAGCAUUGUAUUUUAGUUGUCCUCGAAAUCGCGAAUGCGUCCAAACGUUCGUGAGUCCUCUUGGCGGGUCUUUGCUCGAGACAACAUAGAAGGGGUUCAAGAGCAACAAGGAAAACGAAGAAGAAGAAGAAGCUGACGUUUCGUAUAAAUCCCAAGGAAUUCAAAUCAAAUAAGUCGAAGAUAGAAGAAGAAAAGGAAAUAAAAAAUAUCAAGGAAAUAAGAAAAGGAGGAAGAAAAAGAAGGAAAAUUAGGUAUACUAACACCUGUCAGGGACACCAAUAAGGAUCUAAUCGUUUGUACUUGGUGUUACAAGACGUAUACUACAUAAGGAUAAUAUCCUGAUUAACGAAUACAAUUUGCCUGGUGCGUUUGCAGACACGAGACUGCCUGUCGUCCUAAGGCGGACGUUUCGAAGCUGAAUGAGGCUGAUGGAACCGUUGCGUAUCGCCCCGGAUGUCGUCGAUAUAAGUGCAUUGAAAAAAUGGACCGAUUUUCCUGUUCAACAUCGAUUCACGGAUUAUUCGAAUUCUAUCGACGAACCGAGUCAUCACACCAUUAGCCCAUUUCCCUAUCAACCUGCACUUAACAAUAAAAUCGCAUUAUGGACUGGCGAUAUAUCGGUAUUACAAGUCGACGCCGUGAUAAACUCAACGAACGAGACAAUGGAUGAAGAUAGCAUCAUGUGCCAAAGAAUAUUCGAUCGUGCAGGGUCAGCACUUAAGAUGGAAAUCUAUAAUGAAGUAAAAGAAUGUAAAACUGGAGAAGUCCGAGUAACUCAAGGACACGGCUUACCAGCACGGUUUAUCAUUCACACGGUUGGCCCAUAUUACAAUAUUAAAUAUCAAACAGCAGCUCAGAAUACUUUGCAUUGUUGUUAUAGGAAUGUAUUACAAAAAUGUCGAGAGCUUGGGUUACGUAGUAUCGCUUUGCCGGUAAUCAACUCGGUGAGAAGAAAUUAUCCAUCUGAUGCAGGAGCACAUAUAGCACUCAGAACGAUAAGAAGGUUUCUGGAACAAUAUUCAGACUCUCUGACCUGUAUUAUCCUCGUCCUAGAAGCCUCUGACCUCGGUAUAUAUGAAAUACUUUUGCCACUAUAUUUUCCAAGAAAUUUGGCGGAACAGGACAAUGCGUGCUGGCAGUUACCAAUCGAUUUAGGUGGACCGGAUGGAGAACCACUCUUACCUGACCGUCAAAUUAGAAUUAUUGACAAUCCUCAACAUGCUUUACAUGACGACGAAGAAACUGUAGAACUUUCUUCACAAUUGGAGACAUCUGUAAAUAUCGGGGAACAUGCAUUUGCACAAAUGCAAGGUGACUUGGAUCGACAAAGGCUACUCGGAGAGAGAUCGGUCACUGAUCCUCUUGCUGAUAUCAUGAUCAAACAGAUGCAACAAAAAGAAAGAUAUGAAAGGCUUCUGAGAAGAGCAAAAACGGAAGAUCUCACAGAGGUGUCUGGAAUUGGUUGUCUUUAUCAGAGUGGUGUAGAUCGUCAAGGAAGACCAGUCGUAGUCUUUGUUGGCAAAUGGUUCCCUGCUACAAACAUUAAUUUGGACAAGGCUUUACUGUACGUCAUUCAAUUAUUAGACCCUAUCGUGAAAGGUGAUUAUGUAAUCGCAUACUUUCACACGUUGACAACAAGCAGCAAUUAUCCUAGCUUACAAUGGCUACGCGAAGUCUACAAUGUCCUUCCGUACAAAUAUAAAAAGAAUCUUAAGCACUUUUAUAUCAUUCAUCCUACUUUCUGGACUAAGAUGAUGACGUGGUGGUUCACGACAUUUAUGGCACCAGCGAUAAAACAAAAAGUGCAUAAUUUGUCUGGCAUCGAAUACUUGUACGAAGAUAUGGCACCUGAUCAAUUAGAAAUUCCAGCAUACAUCACGGAAUACGAUAUGACGGUAAAAUAUAAACGGGAUACGAUAUUACACGCCAGAACAAUGUUCCGAAGUAGAGACAUCGUCGCGAACGUAACUCCUCGAAAAAAGAUGAAAGAGCGCAAGAACAUACAUCAUGCGAGUAUAGAAGAAAAUAAUGACAUCUUCAAAGAAAAGCAAAAGAGAGAAGUUUUUUGCAAAGACGUGCUGCUGCUUAGGUUGAAUACAAAAUUGAAGCUACGAUUAUUUAAUUAUCGAAACGCGUAAAACUUUUAUCCCAUAUGUCCCUUAUCGUUCUUCCCUUUCAACGCAAGGAAAAAGAAAAAGAAAAAGAAAAAAAAACAGGAGAAUAGAAAAACGCCUUAUACAAAAAGAACGUCGAGAGAAUAAUGAUGUAAUACAAAUAUUUCGCUGAUAGCUUCCUACAACACUAACCAAUGUUGGCAUUCUUCGAGGAAGCGAAAAUAUAAUAAUAUAUAUAAUAAAAUAUAUAUUAAAAUCCUAGGACAAUUUGAAACAUUUAUAUAGUUUUUGUCAUUUCUAUUUGCUCAUUUAUUUUAUUUCCUUAGAGGAAGUGACGCAUUUAAAUCUCUAUAACGAAUUACAACUUUGAAAUUGUUAAUUUUGUUUAUAAUUUUCACAUUACAUAAUAUUUCUAUAGAUACGGAUACAAAAAACUGGGUUAUAAAAAGUUGAAGUAUAGAAAGAAAAUAAACAAAGUUGUGAAUUCUUGAAAUAGUCCUAGUAAGAUUGAUUGACACGAUAAUUACUUACUUAUAUAUGACUGAUCUAUAUUCGUCGAUAUAGAUCUAACAUUAAUUGGAGCUGGAUCAUAGUCAAGAUUUGAAUUCUAACUUGAUCCUGCAACUGCCAUUAGUGCACAAACAAAAAUAUAUAUAAGAUUGAACAUUAUCUUGUAUUUUUUUUUUGUAAUGUUAUCACACCUUAGAUUAUUACAAAUUUAAAUGUAAUCAUAAUAUUGGAUAUGCGUUUUUAAGCCUGCCGACAAAAAUAUGUAACUAUCCGACAGUUGUAGGAUCAAUUUGAAAUCUUCACUAUGUACGCGCGUGUGUGUGUAUGUGUGCGUGCGUGCGUGCGUGCUUGCGUGUGUGCGGGGGGGGGUCGUGUUUGUUUUUCGAAUGAUCGAUGAUAGAUCAUUAAUACUCGAAAGAGUUCUCAUUCGCCUAAACGAAAUAUAUCGGCUGCCAAAACACCAAUAACUAAUAUUCUCGUUAUUGUAAUCGUUAUCGUGAAAAGUAAUGAGAAUGAAUUAGAAAGAAUGACAAAUCUAUCAUUUCUUUAUUCUCUUCUUUUUCCAUAUGUGAUAAGAAACAAAAAUUAGAAUUAAUUAGAAACAAUAAGAACAAAUAUAUAUUAGGUGGUUCAAAAAGUUAUUUCGUUUUUUCCUAACAAAGGUUUGCUUGUUAAAAAUGCUGCUGUGUUUAAGCAAAAAUAAAAUGAUCAUCCAGUCCAGGAUGUUAAACGACGAAGAAUCCUUUUUCAUUAUCAUAAAGAACAACGAAAUAACUGUUGAAACGACCAAAUAUAUAAACACAAUUGUAUUGUUAUAUGUAUAUUAUUUUAAUGAUGUUUUAUUAAAUACUAAUCUAGUAGGAUAUUGUUGAAAAAUGAUCAAUAAUUGACUAUUUUAUAUUUUAUAUAAAUAAAUAAUAUGAAUUUUGUUAUAUUCAGUGUUAGAAAAAUACCAAACAUACAAUCUCGAGUUUAUUGUAAGACUCUGAUUGUUCCUUCAUUGAAUAAAUGAUUUCUUUAUCAUUGUAUAGAAUUAUAAGCACACACACACACAUUAUGUGAGAAAUGUGUGAUGAUAUAAAGUUAUAUGAGAAAACAUUCAUGACGAUGGUAUAAUAAUAAUAAUAAUAAUACGUUAAAUCUAUGUGAAAAUAGAUGAAAAAACAAAAUGUUCACGUGAUUGUGAAAAAAGUAUGUUGUACUUAGUUUAAAGUGCCGGAUUAGACGUAUAUGCGUCAUUUAUUUAUAUAAUUCUAUACAUAGGACACGAAUGAAAAAGAAUAGACCAAGUUGAAUAUGCAAAAAGAGCAUCAUUGUUAUAUAAAUUAUAUUAAUAUAUCGUUUGCAAUGUGUGUAGUCAUAUAAUACUAUCGCGAGUUACUAAGUAGCAACUCCCGUUAUAACAAAAAUCUGUUAUAAAUAUAUAUGAGAGUAUAAUAUAUAGAGAGAGAGAGAGAGAGAGAGAGAGUAUAAUCAUCUGCCACUGCAUAGUAUGAAUAUUUUCGGAAAAGAUGAAGACAAAAAUUAGUCGUUUAUUAAUAAAAAGCCUUAUGAAUUUGAUCAUUACUAUUUAUUAGUAUUUCUCAAAGAAGAAGAAAAAUGCAAUAAAUCGCAAAAAAUCGCAAAAAAUCG